AUGAUUUCAUUGGUUCAUCAGGCCCCCGCUCUGCGGCCGACAGCACACUGGGGACCUCAGACGGACACUGCGAUGGAAGCUGACCUGGGUGCCGCUGGCCUCGGGCCCCGCACAGAGCUGGACGAUGAAGACUACUAUCCCCAGGGCAUCUGGGACACGGUCUUCCUGGUGGCCCUGCUGCUCCUGGGGCUGCCGGCCAACGGGCUCAUGGCGUGGCUGGCUGGCUCGCAGGCUCGGCAGGGAGCGGGCACGCGGCUUGCCCUGCUCCUGCUCAGCCUGGCCCUCUCGGAUUUUUUGUUCCUGGCGGCAGCGGCCUUCCAGAUCCUGGAGAUCCAGCGCGGAGGGCACUGGCCGCUGGGGACGGCCGCCUGCCGCUUCUACUACUUCCUGUGGGGCGUGUCCUACUCCUCUGGCCUCUUCCUGCUGGCGGCCCUCAGCCUGGACCGCUGCCUGCUGGCACUGUGCCCACACUGGUACCCGGGGCACCGGCCGGCCCGCCUGCCCCUCUGGGUCUGCGCCGGGGUCUGGGUGCUGGCCACGCUCUUCAGUGUGCCCUGGCUGGUCUUCCCGGAGGCCGCCGUCUGGUGGUAUGACCUGGUCAUCUGCCUGGACUUCUGGGACAGCGAGGAGCUGCCGCUGCGGAUGCUCGAGAUCCUGGGGGGAUUCCUGCCUUUCCUCCUGCUGCUCGUCUGCCACGUGCUCACCCAGGCUGCCGCCUGCAAGACCUGCUGCCGCCGCCAGCCGAGGCCCACGGCCAGCCGUGGCUUUGCUCGUGUGGCCAAGACCAUUUUGUCAGCCUACGUGGUCUUGCGGCUGCCCUACCACCUGGCACAGCUGCUGUACCUGGCCUUCCUGUGGGACAUCUACCCGGGCUACCUGCUCUGGGAAGCCCUGGUCUACUCCGACUACCUGGUCCUGCUCAACAGCUGCCUCAGUCCCUUCCUCUGCCUCCUGGCCAGUGCCGACCUCCGGGCCCUGCUGCGCCCCGUGAUCUCCUCCUUCGCGGCAGCUCUCUGCGAAGAAUGGCCCGCCAGCUUCACACCAGCCGAGCCACAGACCCAAGUGGAUUCUGGGGGUCAGACUUUGCCAGGGCCUAUGGCAGGGGCCCAACCCCAGGUGACCUCCACGGCCCAGCCACAGGCAGACCCCACAGCAGAGCCACAGUUGGAUUCUGUGGCCCCCCCACAUUCAGAUUUUGUGGUCCAGCCUCAGCUGAACUCCUCAGCUCAGCCACAGGUGAACCAUGAGGCCCAGCCACAAGUGAGCCCUAAGGCCCAGACCCCCCGACCCGCUGCCGGCUCAGCCCCCAGUCCCUGUGAUGAAGUCUCUUCUGCUCCAUCCACAGAUCCCACCCCAGAAGCCCCUGCGAACGCAGCUGUGCCUGCUGUCUUUGAGGGAGAGAACCCCAGCAGUGUCCCCCCAGAGGAGGCCCCUGGAACAGGCCCCAUGUGA